GGAGGAAGAAGAAGAGGAGGAGGCACGCCAUGGCAAUGGGUACAGUUUUUUUUAUACGGGCUAGUAGAAAGCACGUUGCUCUCAAACACUCCGGGAAGCUUCGUUGAGACUGGCCGGUAUCAGGCAGAGCACCGGCCCACGACACAGUGUGAGCCGUGGAGAAGAGCGGUAAAGAGCGGGUGAAGGGUGUCGAUUUGUGCCCGCUUAAGGAAGCAAAAAAACGGGGGAACCGAACCAACCAUGUCGGGGGCAAAAAAAAGAAAUUCUAACUCCUCGUUGAACAAAGAGGACGACCAGCAGGUGACUGAGAGGAUGCUGGGCACCGGCAGCGGGGACGCCACCCGGCCAGCAUCGGGGACCGGCGGAAAACCAGCAGGCGAGCCAACUGUCGAAUUGAAGAGAACCAUCACUCUAAUGAAUGGCGUGGCUAUCAUCGUGGGCACCAUUAUAGGCUCCGGCAUCUUUGUCACGCCAUCCGGCGUGGUAAAGGAAUGCGGCUCGGUGGGUUUGUCUCUGGUCAUCUGGACCGUCUGCGGGGUGUUUUCCACGGUCGGAGCCCUGUGUUACGCGGAGCUGGGGACCACCAUCUCCAAGUCCGGAGGGGACUAUGCCUACAUCCUGGAGGUGUACGGCUCCCUGCCGGCUUUCCUCAAACUUUGGAUCGAACUCCUCAUCAUCCGGCCGUCCUCCCAGUACAUAGUCGCCUACGUUUUCGCCACCUACCUCAUCAAGCCUCUGUUUCCGGUCUGCCAGGUACCGGAGGUCGGGACUAAGCUCGUGGCCUGCCUAUGCAUCCUUGUGUUGACCUUUGUGAACUGCUACAGCGUGAAGGCAGCCACCAGAGUUCAGGACUUCUUUGCUGCAGCCAAACUGCUGGCUCUCGGACUGAUCAUCAUCAUCGGUUUUGUCAAGAUUGGACAAGGUGACGUUGAUGCGCUUCUCCCAGAAAAUUCCUUCCAGGAAUCCAAAUAUGAAUUUGGAAACAUUGGCCUGGCCCUCUACAGUGGCCUGUUUGCUUAUGGUGGCUGGAACUAUUUGAAUUUUGUGACAGAGGAGAUGAUUGAACCUUACAAAAACUUGCCGAGAGCCAUCAUCAUCUCUCUGCCGAUCGUGACAGCAGUGUACGUCUUCACCAACCUGGCAUACUUCACCACCCUCUCCCCAGAACAGAUGAUCAACUCGGACGCGGUGGCUGUGGAGUUUGGCAAUACCCACCUGGGUCCGAUGGCGUGGAUCAUCCCAGUGUUUGUGGGUCUGUCCUGCUUUGGUUCUGUGAAUGGUUCUCUCUUUACAUCAUCCAGAUUAUUCUUCGUGGGCUCCCGGGAAGGUCACCUGCCCUGUCUGCUGUCAAUGAUCCAUCCGACCCUGCUGACCCCGCUCCCUUCUCUUCUAUUCACUUGUCUGAUGACGUUGCUCUACGCCUUCUCCAACGACAUCUUCUCCGUCAUCAACUUUUUCAGCUUCUUCAACUGGCUCUGCAUCGCCAUGGCAAUCGUCGGGAUGAUGUGGCUCCGUUAUAAAAGACCUGAACUAGAACGACCAAUAAAGGUUAAUAUCCUUCUUCCCGUGUCGUUCGUCUUGGCUUGCCUCUUCCUCAUCAUCGUAUCCUUCUGGAAGACACCGGUGGAGUGCGCAAUCGGGUUUGGCAUCAUCGCCACCGGACUGCCCGUCUACUUCGUUGGUGUGUGGUGGAAGAACAAACCCAAAUGGCUGCUGAAUGGAAUAUUCUCAACCACGGCCUUUUGCCAGAAGAUAUUGCAGGUGGUGCCUUAGGAGUGAGUUCUGAAAACAGCGUUGCUCCAGCAGCAGUGACCUCCGUGCUCUGACAUCACAGCUGAUAAAUGUCUUCACCCCGAUGAACCUUUUCGCUCACUCGCAUCUCGCCGUCAUACACAAACAUUACACAAGAAUACGUCAUGGAUUGGGAAUUCACUACAAUAUUAUAAUAAUGAUGAAUUCAUAUUAAGUGAUAUAAAACUUAACAGCACCAGUGAUUAAUCCAUUUCACACAAGCAAUGAAUUCUUAUUGGAUUAACCCAUUUAACUCGCAUCACAUACAGAAGCAUCCGCUAUGCAGUAACUGAUAAACAGCAUCAUUCAGGUGUUUGAAGUACUGCACUACAUUGUAUACUUCAUGUGUGUAGGUUAUUAUGAGUUUGGAGGUUAUGACGUAUUUAUUUUGGCUCCACCCGGCUUCCUGUGUAACCUCAUCAAGUGUUCCUUACGUCGAAAAAGUGUAUGUAAGCACUUUUUUCUUCCCUCAAAUUUUUAGAUUCCUCAAGUGCCGUUUUGGAUGGGUUUUCGACUUAUAAAUAUUUUUGUGUCACCCCUCCAAUGCUGCUGUUGGUAGUGGCUGAAGGAAGGUGUUGGUUUGUUAUGGUUGUUCCUACUCAGGGUGAUUGGAAAGUAGCUCCCUUUUCUAAUAUACUUAUUUAUUCAUAUGUUGGAGUUAGGGAUGUCCGAUUAUUAUCGGUACUGAUAAUUGUCAGCCUGAUAUCAGCAAAAAAAAAAAAAAAAAACAGAAUCAGCUGAUAUCGGAAAUUUAGAGUUGGACAAUAUCGGCAAAAAAUCCAACAUCGUUCAUCCUGUAUCAUAUAAUAUUCGAAGGAUGAGACAUCCAGCUGUUUUUGUGAGUUUUUUUUUUACAUUUCAAACAAAAUAAUCAAUCUGAAAAGAAAACAAGAAAUGGAAAAUAAUUUUACAACAUAUGAAUAAAGGUGGAAUUGAACUCGGGUCUCUUAGCUGUGAGGUCUGCACGCUAACCACUCAACCGCUGUGCCGCCUAAGAAUAUUUCAAUGAGAUUUUAUUUGGAAAAAAUGAAAAUUGCAGAAGGUCAUUACUCAAUAUAACAGUUUGACUCAUGGUGUCAUCUUAUACCUAAUGAGUAUACAAACAUGUACCAAUAUGAGUUGAUAAUCAGUUGACUACACAGUCUAUUGCUAAGUGGUCUGUUAAUAGAAGCACAAAUUUGAAAGACAGUUAUUUUUAGUGUGGUAUUUUUAGAUGCGGGCUGCACGGCGGUCGAGUGGUUAGCACGCAGACCUCACAGCUAGGAGACCAGGGUUCAAUUCCACCCUCGGCCAUCUCUGUGUGGAGUUUGCAUGUUCUCCCCGUGCAUGGGAGGGUUUUCCUCCCACAUUCCAAAAACAUGCUAGGUUAAUUGGCGACUCCAAAUUGUCCAUAGGUACGUAUGAAUGUGAGUGUGAAUGGUUGUUUGUCUAUAUGUGCCCUGUGAGUGGCUGGCGACCAGUCUCUCGCCCGAAGACAGCUGGGAUAGGCUCCAGCACCCCUGCGACCCUCGUGAGGAAGAAAAUGAAUGCAGUAGAAAAUGAAUGAAUGAAUGAAUGAAUAAAUAAUUUUAAAAUCGGGAAUUAAUUUUCAACCACCCUGUAUGUGAACCGAAUCUGAUUUCUGAUGAAAGGAGCGAAUUGUGACUUUUCCGUGUGUUUUCGUGCCAUCGACACUCAUUUAAGCACUUAUGUGGAUGUUGAGAAAGAUCUAGAUCAGGGGUGUCCAAACAUUUUCCAGCGAGUGCCACGCAUGGAAACGUCUGCAAGGUCCAUUUUUAUAAGUUUAAUUUUGUAAAAACGCUUAAAAAAAGUUACAGUACACUUUUUUGCUCUUUUUUCCACCCAAUAUUUAUUAUAUUUACUAGAUUGUGCAGAGAGCCAAUUAAAAAUAUAAGCUGCAGGACACAAAUAUCCACCGGGCCGUAGUUUGGACACCCCUGGUGUACUCGCUAGUGUAUGCAUAAUGUAUACAAAUCCGUACCACACAGUAUCUCUACUUUGUAUUAUAUUUUCUGUUAGGUAAUUCAUUUUCACACACGGGUGUGAUAUUUCCUAGAGAUAAGUCGGAGGUGAAAGGUCAAAGGGGUUUAAAGAGACAUGCAUAAGCGUCUUUUUGUUGUAAAUGUGUUUUUUUUGUCUUUAUUUUAUUUCUAUGCACAGUAAAGAAAUGUGUGUAACUUCUAGUCAGUCCACUAUCCCCCACAUCCCAUAAUAACUUUGCAGUGUCGUUUUUCCACAUGCUGCCAAAGUGUGGUGGUUAUGUAUUGCUAGCAUUGUUGCUAUAGCGACUGUGUCGGUAGAUGCAAGAAAGUUUUUUUCACUGUGUUAUUUUUUUUUUUAAAGUAUGAAACCUGCAGCCAUUGCCGGAAGCUGAUGGCUAACCUGAAACUAACCUGAUUAGGACUGUAGAUAGUUUUAUUUAUUUAUUUUUUUAGAAAACCUUAUUGGUUGUAAUAUUAGUCUUUCUAAUUUGUUUACAGUGCAUUUUAUGGAAAAAGUGCUUUUAAAAUAAAUGCUGAGGGUUUUUUUUUCUUCA